AUGACUUCCAACAACCAAGAAUUAGUUGAGAGGGCACUCAAGCAUAAGUUCGUCCCAAUCGAGACUGAGAUCACAGAGAAAGAUGUAGCCUUGUACGCAUUGGGUAUUGGAGCAGGCAAAGAGAACCUCCAGUUUGUUUAUGAAGGUGCUGAUGACUUUUCUGCCAUCCCAUCAAUGGGAGUGAUAUUCCCAUUCAAGGUAUUGUUGAGUUUGGUCACUGAGGGUAUCGAGGGAUUGGAAUACGACCCAAUGAAGUUGUUACAUGGAGAGCAGUACUUGGAGAUCAGAGGUACAAUCCCCACGAGAGGAAAGCUGAUCACCACCUCAAAGAUAUCAAACCUUUACGAUAAGGGCAAGGGAAUAUUGUUGAUCGUCGACUCGAUCACCAGAGAUGCCCAGACUGGCCAAGACAUCGUAUUCAACCAGUUCUCACUGUUCCUCCGCGGCGCUCGUGGCGGCACGAAGAGCCCAUCUGAGAAGCCCGUCGAGAUCCCCAAGAGGAACCCCGACGCUGUACACACACAACCAACCACCAAGGAUCAAGCACUGCUCUACAGACUGGCCGGUGGCGACUUGAACCCACUGCAUGCCGAUCCAUCAAUGAGUGCCAUCGGAGGCUUUGACCAACCAAUCCUGCACGGACUGUGCAGCUUUGGAUACGCCGCGAGAGGAGUACUGGAGCACUUCUGCAACAACGAUCCAAAGAGAUUCAAGAGUCUUCGCGUCAGAUUCUCAAAGCAUGUGUUCCCAGGUGAGACCAUUCAGACUCAGAUGUGGAAGGUGGCCGACAACAAGGUCGUGCUUCAAUCAAGAGUGCUCGAGAGAGAGGGAUACACCCUCACCAACGCCAUCGCCGAGAUCAUUCCACAAGGUGCUGCCAAGCUCUAA